GUGACAGAAGUCAGUGAGCAAACUGUUCUUUCAAGGGAAGCAUAUAUGUUAUUCUAUGUUCGGAAUAGAACAUCUGGAGUUAAAGGGGCAGCUGAAGUUGUCCCUAAAUCUGAUUUUUCAAGCCCUGCUGCAAAUAAAGAGAUCCCUUUGGUGGAAAUAAAGCCAAGUACUGCUAUUUACAGCUCCAUCCAGCCUAAGGAUGAUAGACCUCACAUUGAACUUGUUCCUGCAAUGGAUGCCUCAUUGCAAGAAUCAGUCAAGUCCGAAGGUUUAUUUUUUAAUAAGGAUGAAAAGGUUGAAACAAAAUAUUCAAAUUUGCAAAUUAAUGAUGGGGAAUUUACCAAUAUACACCACACAUCACUAUCACAUGAGCCAACAAAACCUCUUCCUUUGAUGGAUUCUAAGCUUCCUUCUGAUGGUGAUAAUAAUAAGAAAGGUGAUACCAGUAACAAGAUGGAGACUGAUCUGUCACCGUCACGGGAUGAUUUUGAAGAAGUUUUAAGGCAAUCAAACACCAUGAAUGAUUCGACCCUAAAUGAAGCUGUUGUUACAACCCUGUUGCACAACCAGGAAACUUGUGAGAAUAUCAUCACAGAAAACCUGUUGUAUAGCAGCCACCAGAGUGAAUCUAAGUUAAAGACGCCUAGAAAAUCCUCAUCAGAAAAAGGCGGGUUUUUCGGGCGCAAAAUGCUAUUUCUAAUGUCAUUGCACCGUCCAAAGAACAAGCAAAUGAAAAGGAAAAAACAACAUAUAGCUUUCAGGAAAAAAAUAAGUACGAGGAUAGUUAAUGAUCCCAAUGCUGACUCACAUGAAGCCUCCACUUCCAAGAAUUUUCAAGCUAUUGAUGUCUCCUCCAGGCAUCUACCUAGAAAGCAUCCACAGUCUAUUAAUAGAAAAUCUAAGGGGAAAAAAGGCAUUAAACAUGGUAGCCGUUCAGUUUAUACUGAAGAAUUUAAUAGAAGUACGUUCUGCUGUAAUGAAGAAGACUCCUCUGUAAAGAUUAAUUAUGCUGAAGACACAGAUAUCCUGAAACAAACAUCUGUUGCUAGGUGUGAUGAUCAAAACUUCCAGGUUAUGCAGAUGAAUGAGAUUCAAUACAAUUCAAAAAGGAAUAUUGGUUAUGUCCUGGAUGAAAACCGUGAAGAUUAUGAAAAGCAUAAGAGAAAAAAGGUUAAGAAAUACGGGCGGUGGUUGGAGUUAUGGAGCAGAAACCAUUCCAGGAAACAGCCAGCUUCAAAGCACAGCAGAAGAGCAGAAUAAAGGUAGAUUGUAAGAGCCCAAAAAACCAACCUUUUAGGAUAUUGAAGUAAACAACAUGCUUCUAAUUGUGUCAAAAUUCAAUUUUGAAAUGAGUUUUUACUCCAUUUAUGAUUCUAUUUCUCUUGUUAGCGCUCAUGACUUUAUUCUGUAGUUUGAUGAUUACUUGUCUUAAGUCUCUGUUCUUGUGUUGCGUUAAUA